AUAGAGGAGUCAUUUGUUUUGAAGAAUCAGAGAAAAAAAACGAGUUUGGUAGGUGCACUUAAAAGGGUACCCUACCCAUCACCCAACAUUCACCACUCAACAACUGCACCAAACAACAAUAGUUACACUCACACAGUAGCUUAGAACAACAACAACGUCGUAGUGUGUUUGUUUCAUACGUUUUUUUUGUUCUCUCUGUUGAGGCGUCAAAGGGGUUGAAUCCAUGGAUUCUGAUUAUGGUAUUCCCAGGGAGCUUUCAGAUCUCCAAAGGAUUCGGUCUUUGUACCAGCCGGAGCUUCCCCCUUGCCUGCAGGGAACCACUGUGAGGGUUGAAUUUGGUGAUGCUACCACCACUGCUGACCCCACUGACGCCCUCACCAUCGCCAGGGCUUUUCCUCACACCUACGGACACCCUUUGGCUCACUUUCUCAGGGCCACUGCCAAAGUCCCUGAUGCUCAGAUCAUAACCGAGUUCCCUCCUAUUAGGGUGGGAGUUGUCUUUUGUGGGAGACAAUCUCCUGGAGGACACAAUGUUAUCUGGGGUCUCCACAAUGCUCUCAAAAUUCACAAUCCCAACAGUGUUUUGCUUGGAUUUCUUGGUGGUUCAGAAGGUCUGUUCGCCCAGAAAACUCUCGAGAUAACGGACACUGUUCUUUCCUCAUACAAAAACCAAGGUGGUUAUGAUUUACUUGGUCGGACAAAAGAUCAAAUUAGGACUACAGAGCAGGUUAAUGCUGCGCUUGCUACAUGCAAAAAUUUGAAACUCGACGGCCUUGUCAUAAUCGGAGGGGUGACAUCAAACACGGAUGCUGCACAACUUGCAGAAACUUUUGCUGUAGCCAACUGCUCCACAAAGGUGGUUGGUGUACCUGUGACUCUUAACGGAGAUCUUAAAAACCAGUUUGUGGAGACCAAUGUUGGUUUUGAUACAAUUUGUAAGGUGAAUUCUCAGCUCAUCAGCAAUGUCUGCACUGAUGCACUCUCUGCAGAGAAGUAUUAUUAUUUUAUCCGUCUUAUGGGGCGCAAGGCCUCACACGUUGCAUUGGAAUGCACUCUCCAGUCCCAUCCAAACAUGGUAAUUCUUGGUGAGGAGGUUGCUGCAUCAAAGCUGACCCUUUUUGAAAUAACAAAACAGAUUACUGAUGCAGUUCAGACCAGGGCGGAGCAAGACAAAUACCAUGGAGUAAUCCUCCUACCAGAAGGGCUGAUAGAGAGCAUUCCUGAAGUGUAUGCACUCUUGAAGGAAAUUCAUGGCUUACUCAGACAAGGUGUUGCUGUUGACAAGAUAUCUUCUCAGCUUUCACCAUGGGCAUCUGCUCUAUUUGAAUUUUUGCCUCCUUUUAUUCGGCGACAGUUGCUCCUUUACCCUGAAUCCGAUGACUCGGCACAGUUAUCACAGAUUGAAACUGAGAAAUUACUAGCAUAUCUUGUGGAAGCAGAGAUAAACAAGCGCCUGAAAGAAGGUACAUACAAGGGAAAGAAGUUCAAUGCCAUUUGCCACUUUUUUGGUUAUCAAGCUCGUGGAUCUCUUCCAUCAAAAUUUGACUGUGAUUACGCAUAUGUCCUUGGACACAUCUGCUACCAUAUACUUGCCGCAGGUCUUAAUGGGUACAUGGCAACCCUAACUAACCUGAAGAAUCCUGUAAACAAGUGGCGAUGUGGGGCUGCUCCAAUAGCAGCUAUGAUGACUGUGAAACGAUGGUCUCCAAAUCCAGGAGCCACAUCAAUUGGAAAACCUGCUAUUCAUCCAGCUACCGUGGACUUGAGAGGCAAAGCUUAUGAGCUGUUGAGAAAAAAUGCAACAAGCUUUCUCAUGGAUGAUAUUUACAGAAAUCCAGGUCCACUUCAGUUUGAUGGUCCUGGUGCAGAUGCCAAAGUCAUAACUCUCUCUGUUGAAGACCAGGACUACAUGGGCCGCAUUAAAAAGCUUCAGGAGUACCUUGAACAGGUCCGAACCAUUGUAAAACCAGGGUGUCCUCAGGAGGUUUUGAAGGCGGCACUCAGCGUGAUGGCGUCGGUGACCGAAGUUCUGGCAGCCAUGUCAACCACUUCUACGAACAGUCUGGCAGCCCUUUGAGAGGAGCAGAUGGAAGUUGUAUUCUUUUCCAAUAUUUUCAGGCCUAAGGUUUUAGUUUCUUCAUUUUGUAGCCAUGGAAGUAGUUGUUGAAUGGAAAUAAGAGUUAGAUCCGACAUGGUGCAUGUCAAGGUGAGAUUAUACUGUAGUCAAAGUUUUGGCUCUGUGUUCCCAACUGGGUCAUAUUUUUUUGUUUUUUUGAAGACACGAGAGUUCAUUCCAUGUGAGACAAUGUUUGAUAAUUUAGCUUGGUGCUUGAGAUUGUUACUGUUA